GCAAGUGAUUUAUUCUGAAGAAGGUCGGCGGAACGUCUUCAUAGCCUGGUCCGGUAGUCGAUACGCACAGGUGGAAGUGAUCGGUUCAUGGGACCAGUGGCGGCGACCCAUUCCACUCGUGUGGGAUUUUGACCAGCACUACGCGGUGAUAGACCUACGCUGUGGAGAGUACGAGUACAAGUUCAUAGUCGAUGGGUUGCACACAUACGACAAGUCCAAGCCGGUACGCGACGACUGGUCAGGGUCGUAUAACAACUACUUCACGAUUUAAUAUACGACAAAUACAAUCCGAUACGAGUCAUAUGGUUAGCUACCUCACGGUAAAGGUUACGGCUAACCCAAGCAGGUACAAGACCAGGGUUGAAUAACAUCUGCGUUACGAUUGGAUACGACAACCCCAAUCUGGUACGAGUCGACUGGUCAGCAACGUACAACAAAACAAGUACGGCACGGUUCAGUAUACGUCAAAUCACGAGACCACUGAUACAAGUCGCAUAACGAAUACUUCACGAAGUGCAUUGUUAGCUAAGACAUACGGAUCCAUACAGCGCAUAUCCACGAGUGUGUAUUGCACACACCAUGGAUGUGUUAAACUGACUUGGUUUAGUAGUAGUGAGCUGCCCUGUGGUACUUGGCUUAGUAGAAGUGAGCUGCGCUGUGGUCAGCCCAUGGUGGUUUACGGGCUGCAGCUGAACGACAAGUACAACGCUGCCUGUAGUGAAGUACCCUGUACUGACAAAUGAGCGAGUAUACCAG